AUGAUGUUGACAAGUGCAAUCCUCCUCCUGACUCUCGGGGUCCAGCUGAGUCACGCAGAUGAUUCGUCCCGCGAGAACUUCUCAAAUCGAUGCGACCAGCUGGCUAAGGAGAUCCAUAUUCCCAACGUAACUGUAAACUUUGUGGAAUAUGUUGCCAAUGGCACCAACGUCACACUUGCUGACAAUCCGCCUUCAUGCGGGCAGUCCAAUCAAGUGGUCCUGGCGGAUUUGUGUCGAGUGGCUAUGGAGGUUACAACCUCCAACCAGAGUCAGAUCACCUUGGAGGCAUGGUUUCCGGAAAACUACACUGGAAGGUUUCUGAGUACCGGUAAUGGUGGUCUCGCAGGGUGUAUCCAGUAUGUAGACAUGGCAUAUGCGUCGUCAAUGGGAUUUGCGACAGUAGGCGCAAAUGGGGGCCACAAUGGCACCUCCGGAGAAUCCUUCUACCACAACCCGGACAUCGUAGAGGAUCUCUCUUGGCGAUCAGUGCAUACCGGUGUCGUCGUGGGCAAAGAAUUGACCAAAAAAUUCUACCACGAAGGAUUCCACAAAUCAUACUAUCUCGGCUGCUCUACAGGCGGACGACAAGGGUUCAAGGCAGUCCAAGAAUUUGUGCAUGACUUUGACGGCGUGGUCGCAGGGUGUCCGGCGUUCAACUUUGUAAAUCUCAACAGCUGGAGUGGACAUUUCUACCCUAUCACAGGCAACUCAUCCGCAGACACGUUCCUGACAACCGCACAGUGGACACUAGUACAACAAUCGGUUAUGGAGCAAUGUGAUUCUCUCGAUGGCGCGGUUGACGGCGUAAUUGAAGCUAUCGAUCAAUGCCACCCGGUCUUUGAGCAACUCAUCUGCAGACCGGGACAAAAUGCUUCGGAAUGUCUGACAGGAAAGCAAGUCAAUACCGCCCAACUCGUCCUUUCCCCAAUCUACGGAACAAAAGGAGAAUUCCUCUAUCCGCGCAUGCAGCCCGGAGUAGAAAAUGUCGACAUGUACAUAACCUACAACGGUGACCCAUUCGCCUACAGCACCGACUGGUACAAAUACGUCGUUUUCAGCGAUCCAAAUUGGGAUCCCGCAACCUUGAACGCGCAGGAUUACGAGAUUGCGCUUGCUCAAAACCCGUCCAAUAUCCAGACAUUUGAGGGUGAUUUAUCCGCUUUCCGCGAUGCAGGAGCUAAAGUCUUGACCUAUCACGGCACUGCAGACCCGAUUAUCACGGGGGAGACGUCAAAGGUAUACUACCGCCACGUCGCUGAGACCAUGAACGCAGCUCCAGAGGAAUUAGAUGAGUUUUAUCGCUAUUUCCGGAUUGGAGGUAUGAGCCACUGCGGUGGAGGCACGGGAGCCACGGCGAUUGGUAAUGUGCUCAGUGCGCAAUGGAGCAAUGAUCCUGACGCUAAUGUGUUGAUGGCGAUGGUACGCUGGGUUGAGGAAGGGGUUGCUCCGGAGUAUAUUCGUGGUGCUUCGCUUGGUAGUGGGCCGGGAGCAAAGGUUGAGUAUACUCGGCGGCAUUGCAAGUAUCCGACGAGGAAUGUUUAUGUUGGGCCUGGAAAUUGGACGGACGAGAAUGCGUGGAAAUGUAUUUUGUAG